UCGUGACGGACCCGCUUUGUUUCUUCUCUUGUUGUGGUGGCCCCUUCAUCAUUCCUCCGUGGCUCUCUUUCCUGCUCUGAUAUUUAUCUAUCCUACUCAUGGAGCCGACUAAACAAGAAAUAUCUCAAGUUUUUAAAAGAGUGAGGGCAUCUGGCCCAAACAAGGGUUGUUUUGAUUGCGGUAGUAAGAACCCGACCUGGGCUUCAGUGACAUACGGUGUGUUGAUAUGUAUCAACUGCAGUGCUGUUCAUCGCUCUCUUGGCGUUCAUAUCAGCUUCGUGAGGUCAACACAGCUAGAUUCGUGGACAUGGAUACAAUUAAGAGCAAUGCAAGUUGGAGGGAAUGCUGCUGCUGUAAGUCUAACCAUCAUUCUCUCAUUAUUCAUUAAUGGUUGUAUCACACUGGCAACAAGCCAGAGCCUAGUGUGGUGCCAGAUUAGAUUAGAACUCUAUUCAAGGAUUUUAUUACAAAACUAAAUGUACUGUACUAUG